GAGCCCUUUGAGGAGGGAUUCCCCAAUGGCGAGGAGCUCACGGCCGCCGAGAUCAUCACAGCCAAAGAACUGUCCGAGUCUAAAGGUGGCACGGUGAAGUUCGGCUGGGUCAAAGGAGUGCUGAUACGAUGCAUGCUGAACAUCUGGGGAGUGAUGCUGUUCAUCCGGAUGUCGUGGAUCGUGGGUCAGGCGGGCAUCGCUCUGUCCUGCGCCAUCGUUCUCAUGGCUAUCGUGGUGACGACCAUCACUGGACUCUCAACAUCAGCAAUCGCCACCAACGGCUUCGUGCGCGGAGCGGAUAUGAUGCAGGUCGGUGUUAUUUCUGCAGAUAUUGAUCCGCAGUCAGCGAUUCCGAAAGGAACUCUCCUGGCGAUCCUCAUAACCGGAGUGGUUUACAUCGCUGUGGCCAUCUCGAACGGCUCGUGUAUCGUGCGGGACGCCACAGGCGAUGAUAACGACACCAUGGUGGGCUCACUGGAGAACUGCACCGACGCCGCAUGCACGCUGGGAUACGACUUCUCCAUCUGCAAAGAGGGCGGCUGCAAGUACGGCCUUCUGAACGACUUCCAGGUGAUGAGUUUGGUGUCUGGCUUUGGGCCACUGAUUACAGCUGGGAUCUUCUCUGCCACUCUCUCAUCGGCGCUGGCGUCUCUGGUCAGCGCUCCCAAAGUCUUCCAGGCCUUGUGUAAGGAUAAAAUCUACCCUGGAAUGCAUGUGUUUGCCAAAGGAUACGGGAAGAACAAAGAGCCUCUGCGUGCUUACGUUCUCACCUUCAUCAUCGGCCUGGCCUUCAUCCUGAUCGCUGAGUUAAACAUCAUCGCUCCCAUCAUUUCCAACUUCUUCUUGGCCUCUUACGCCUUGAUAAAUUUCUCUGUUUUCCACGCGUCGAUGGCGAACUCCCCAGGGUGGCGUCCGAGCUUCAAAUACUAUAACAAGUGGGUGUCGUUAGCCGGAGCCGUGCUGUGCUGCGUGGUGAUGUUCGUGAUCAACUGGUGGGCGGCGCUGCUCACAAACGUCAUCGUCCUGGCGCUCUACAUCUACGUCAGCUACAAGAAACCAGAUGUCAACUGGGGUUCGUCGACACAAGCGCUGAUGUACAAUAAGGCACUAACGCACAGUCUGCAUCUCACGGGGGUUGAGGACCAUAUCAAGAACUUCAGGCCUCAGUGUCUCGUAAUGUCCGGAUACCCAAACUCAAGACCGGCGCUGCUGUAUCUAGUGCACGCCUUCACCAAAAACGUGGGCUUGAUGGUCUGUGGCCAUGUGCGCACGGGAUUCCGUAGGCCGAACUAUAAGGACAUGAUGAACGAGCAGGUCCGCUAUCAGCGCUGGCUCCUGAAGACACAAAUCAAAGCCUUUUACACUCCUGUGUUUGCUGAUGAUCUCAGACAAGGAGCCCAGUAUCUUCUACAGACCACUGGUUUGGGUCGCCUAAAACCCAACACACUGGUGUUUGGCUUUAAGAACAACUGGAGGAACGGUGAGAUGAAGGAUGUGGAAACCUACAUCAACACCAUCCAUGACGCGUUUGACCUGCAGUUCGGGGUGGUUCUCUUGAGACUGAAGGAAGGUCUCGACAUCUCUCACAUUCAAGAUGAAAUUCAGACCUCGCAGGAGAAAGCUCCUGGAAUGAAGGAUCUCUUGGUGUCCAUCAACAUCAAAGACUUUGACAGCGAUUCCUCAAAACCAUCAUCUAAAUCCACCAGCUGCCAAAGCAGCCCGCUCAUCUUCAGAGACACCAAGAAGCCUCCGAUGCAGCUCAGUCCUGCGGACGAGAAACUUCUGACCGCUAGUCAACAGUUCCAGAAGAAACAGAGCAAAGGAACCAUUGAUGUUUGGUGGCUGUUUGACGACGGAGGCUUGACUCUUUUGAUACCGUAUUUGCUAACCAACAAAAAUAAAUGGCGCGACUGCAAGAUCCGCGUGUUCAUUGGAGGAAAGAUAAACAGGAUCGACCACGACCGCAGAGCAAUGGCGGCGUUGCUCAGUAAGUUCAGGAUUGACUUCUCUGACAUCACCGUUCUUGGAGACAUCAACAUUAAGCCAAAGAAGCACAACAAGAAGAUGUUUGAGGAGAUGAUCGAGCCGUACAGACUGAACGAGGACGACAUGGAGCAAGAAGCCGCUGAGAAACUGAAGGCUGAAGAACCCUGGAGGAUCACAGAUAAUGAGCUGGAGCUCUACAGGGCCAAGUCGAAUCGCCAGAUCAGACUGAACGAGCUUCUGAAGGAACACUCGAGCACAGCCAACCUCAUUGUCAUAACCAUGCCGCUCGCCAGGAAGGGGACGGUGUCCAGCGCUCUUUACAUGACCUGGCUGGACACGUUAACUAAAGAUCUGCCACCGAUUCUUCUUGUCCGAGGAAACCAUCAGAGUGUUCUGACCUUCUACUCGUGAAGAGAACCAGACGUGACUGUGUUACAAUCAGUACAUUUGUAUAUUGACCAGAUUUGUUCGCUGUUGCCAAAUCGACUUACAGUAUAUUUAAUAUAUUGAGCUGAAAUAACCAGUGCUACAGAAAAGUUUACUAGUAGAUAUUUUUAAUGUAACAACACUUACCUCUAAAAGAGCAGAUCAAAUGUGACCCUGGAGCACAAAAGCAGUGUUAAGUCGCUGGGGUAUAUUUGUAGCA